ACGGUUCUUCAAAAGAGUCGACUCAUUCGCUACCGACAGACUACUUAACUUCAGUGCUGAGUUCAUUCGUCACUCAUUCAGUGGAAGCCAGACGUACGUACUAUAAACUGUCGUAAGGGUGUCCACAGAAAUGGAUGUGGAAGAGCCCUGUGUUCAGAUCUUUGAACAACCUAAACAAAGAGGUAUGCGCUUCAGGUAUAAGUGUGAAGGCCGUUCAGCGGGGAGCAUACCUGGAGAAAGAAGUUCCGACAAUAACAGAACUUAUCCAAGUAUCCAGAUUCUGAACCCCUGUGGAAGAGGAAAAGUGCGAGUGUCACUGGUAACCAAAAAUGAGCCAUACAGACCACACCCCCAUGACCUGGUGGGGAAAGACUGCAAGGAUGGAUAUUACGAGGCAGAAUUUGGACCUGAACGCAGAGUUAUUGCCUUCCAGAACCUGGGCAUCCAAUGUGUAAGGAGAAGAGAAGUCAGGGAUGCCAUACUACAGAGAGUGAACCGAGGUCUCAACCCCUACAAUGUUCCUCGGGAGCAGCUUUUACAGACGGAGGAAUACGACCUGAACGUGGUGCGUCUAUGUUUCCAAGUCUUUCUGCCAGAUGAGACUGGAUGCUACAGCAUUGCUCUGACACCUAUCAUCUCCAAUCCCAUCUAUGACAACCGUGCCCCAAACACAGCUGAAUUGCGCAUCUGCCGUGUCAACAAAAACAGUGGCAGUGUGAAGGGUGGAGAUGAGAUCUUCCUGCUCUGUGACAAAGUCCAAAAAGAUGAUAUAGAAGUGCGCUUCUUCACCCAGACCUGGGAGGCCAGAGGUUCCUUCUCCCAGGCAGAUGUGCACAGGCAAGUGGCUAUCGUUUUCCGUACGCCUGCCUACUGUGACACCUCCAUCACAUCCCCUGUCACUGUGCACAUGCAGCUGCGCCGCCCCACUGACCAGGAAGUGAGCGAACCCAUGGAGUUUAAGUACCUGCCUGAUGACAAAGAUCCAUUUGGCUGUCGAGAAAAGAAGCGUAAAGUUGAGAAUCUAAUGAAGUCCUUCCCCAGUUUCGUGCCUGGAGCAAAAGCCGUUUCUAAUCUUCAUAUGAUCAACCCAAGGAUUAAAUGUGAGCCGAAUUCCUAUGUAAAGACUUCUCUUCAUAGUAUGACUAGGUCAAGUCAACAAAACAUGUACAACAAUUCCUAUCUGCCCGAACGUAUGAUGCCAUCCACUUCAACUCCAAUAUCAUACAAUCCAAGUCAAUGGGCUCCGCUUCCAUUCAGCAACAACCCUGCCAGUAAUGGAAUGGGUAUGUCACAGGUUAACCCAGUUAACCCAGUUCCUCCCUCCACUGGGGAGAGUGGAAACCUCCCCUUACUAAAUCCAAUGGACCUGGAUUUUCUGAACACUCCAAGCGCUUCUGCCAACCAGCCUCAGCUAGAGCAGCUGGAGCAUAGUGUCCAGCAUUCACAGCAGCCUAUCAGCAGGAAGGAAACCUUGCCUGCUAGUGAUUGCAUCUGGUCAAACUAUGAUUACUCACAAGCACCUGGAACACAAAAUGGGACUGCAAACCAGGGGAUGAUUGGGAUAAAUUACACAUAUCCAAAUAAUCAGGAUGGAAGUGAAAUGUUUAACAACCUUGGCCCUCAGACAAGUCUUCUUUUAAAACAAGAGCCUCAAGGGCAAAGUACUUUGACAGGGAUGGAAUCUGAGAACUACCACUUCUUUGAACAGUCCAACCCCAUGCUCUAUCCAGCGAACAGCAGCAGCAAUCAAGAGGCCAUGAGACAUGCAGCCAGCAGUGGAGCCAAUGGAUCAGGACAGAGGAACACACAGAACCCAUCCUACUCCCUCAACAACAUGGCCCAAGAUACCCAUGUUGAUACCCUCAGCUGGUCCUACAAUCAAUUUGGUGGCGAAUAAAAGAAACGUUCAACACUGUUGUAAACUGUGGAUAACAAUAUAUGUAUGUUGUUUUGAGAGUGAGUAACUGAAAAGAUAUUUUUUACUGUUUAUAUAGCUUUGCUGGAAUAAUGGAAUAAUCUUUAGCCCUUACAAUUUAGUUGCAUCACUGAUGAGGCACUGAGCUUAUGGUUAUAGUGGAUAGCUGGAACAGGUAACCGCUAAACAAUUGCUGCAAAAUCUACUCUUAACAAUAAACUUUUUGGGCCUCCAAAGCCAUUACCACUGGGCACCACUGUCAUAUUAGAAAAGGCAGCAAUGAUUUCAAUGAACAUGUACAUAGAUUUUGACAAACAUAUUUUGGGAAUUCUGGAAAACCUGUCAAAACUUUCUCAAGUGUGAGGAAGUAAUUCUGUUCUCUGGAACUUUCAGGGACCUUCAGACCCUGUGUAAUGGCUAUGUCAUAUUAAACACACGUUCUAUCCAAAGUUCUCAAAAUACUGGGUUAUUCCUUAAAGAAAAAUAAUUGAGGUUAUGUUAUGCCUUUAGAACAUGAUGCUGAUAUUUUCAGCUUCUUUUUUUUUUUUUUUUUUACAGACAUUUACUCGAAAAGAUUAUGUUGAUUGUGGUGUAUGUUUGCUUGUUUCAGCUUUACAGUGAAGGCAAUCUACUGCAACUAUUUUUUGUUUUGUAUUUUUAUACAAUAAAAAUAUUAAAUAUUA